AUGCUAUUAUUUAGAUCUGCCACCAAAGCACCGUUCAUCUCAUACGAUGACGAGCCCCUGGCACUUCUCGGCCAGAAUCCAGCCAUUGAGUUGAUCGAGAAGCGUCCAGGCAACUUUGCGGGAGAAGCUGGCGUCACGCAGCCGGGAACAAACAACUCGUACAUGUUCAUCACUGUCCUGCCCUUCGCCAAGGGCUCAACCACGACAGAUCGCCUGCCUCAGGGUCUGUGGCGCUGGGACCCCCAGAAGAAGGUCUUAUUACCUGCCAUCAGCAGGACUGAGUUCCCCGUCGCCAACGGCGUCCGACCAUCGAGGGACCAAAAAACUCUUUGGGUGACCGACUUUGGCGGCGAUGAGCGAAGUAGAAUUUGGGCGCUACCGGCUCAAGUAGGAGCACCGGCGAUCUACAAAUACGAUCUCAAUGAAGACAUGUGGCCUGUCAACAAGCGAACCUUUGGUGUCUCGAGAAUGCAGGCUCCGGAUGGCAUCCGCAUCGAUGACAAGGGUAGAGUUUGGACGGGUGAGGGUGAAGGUGUUAUGGUCCGAAGUUCUCAAGGGAAGGUUAUCGGUGUCUUUAAUGGACAGUUUUUCACGAGAGAUUCUGUUAACACGGCGAUUGUACAAUUCGAGCUCGCCGGGGAUGUUCUGGUAGUGUUGGGCUAG